AUGAAGUCCAUUUCAAUUAUUGUUGCAGCUCUUGCUGCUGGUGCUUUUGCAGACCUCCACACGCAGGGCGUUUGCAUCGAUACUCCUGGCAAAGGAGUAGAGGUUUACAAUAGAGCUGCGACUGAAAAGGCAUGUGGUGCCUAUAAGAGCCGAAACACUGGGAGCAAGCAGUGGGAUCAAUGCCCCGAUUGUACGCUUAAGAACGAGAAGGACCUGCUAUACUAUUGCGAGUCCCAGGGGAGUCACAUCGGAGGAGAUGAAUUACACUAUUACUGCACCCAAAAUGGUGCAGGGGACAGUGUUGCUUGGUGA